UCCAGUCUAUCCCCACAACCAGACAUCAUGGCGGACGUCCUAGAUCUUCAUGAAGCAGGAGGCGAGGACUUUCCUAUGGACGAGGACGGUGAUGAGAGUAUUCACAAACUAAAGGAAAAAGCCAAGAAGAGAAAGGGUCGCGGCUUUGGGUCUGAUGAAGGUGCAAGGUCUAGAGUGAGGGAAGACUACGACACAGUAGAGCAGGAUGGCGAUGAACCUGGACCACAGAGAUCUGUGGAGGGAUGGAUCCUCUUUGUUACUGGGGUUCAUGAGGAGGCAACAGAAGAAGACAUCCACGACAAAUUCGCGGAGUAUGGCGAGAUCAAGAACCUGCACCUCAACUUGGACAGAAGGACAGGUUACCUCAAGGGCUAUGCAUUGGUGGAAUAUGAAACCUACAAAGAGGCACAGGCAGCCAUGGAGGGGCUGAACGGUCAAGACCUCAUGGGUCAAACGAUCAGCGUUGACUGGGGCUUUGUUAGGGGGCCACCCAAGAGCAAGAGGAGGGGUGGAAGGAGGCGUAGCAGAAGCCCAGACCGAAGACGUCGCUGAUUCCCUAAGAGCUUUCUCUGGCAUCCAUCACUGGCAAUGUGCCAGCCUGUGCCGCUCUAAAGGGUUUUUUAGUUUUUAGUGCUUUUUUUGUUCUCCUGCUGUCUGCAUAGUUUCAAGUGUAGUGGAAUAAUUUCUCAAAUGGAGGACUUGUAAUGCAUCAGCAUUUGCUGUAUUAAAUUGCAUUGUAUAGUGUUGGAUUUUUGGUUUUACUUAAACUUUUUUUUUUGUAUAAAAUUAAGCAAAUCUGGUCCUUUUUAAAACCAAUUUAAGUUUAACAUGAAACUCUGUGUAACACACUUGUAUUGGCUUGUACACUUCCAAUAAAUUUUGUUUUGGGCCUUUG